CUCUCUUGCAAAACUCUCACGUUUCCAGUGCAGAGUCGACCUCUCCCACUCUGUUCCUGAAACUCCCCACGCACUUGACAGCAGGAAAGUAACUCCUCCCACAGCCCAGAGUGAGGAGAGAGAGCACAGGGAAUAGAGAGAGGAUAACAGCCCCACUGCGGAAUUUCUGACAACACACAGCCCGAGGAACUGGACCUCCGAGCGGCUACUGGCUCUUCCACAGACUGGGGCACCUUUCCCGAAGAAGUGGAGAGGUCGGCCUGGGGAUAUUUGGAAGGCGGUAGGGAAGGUGGAAAUCGACCGAUUCUAGCACAGAGCCCACGCCGGCGCCGGGGGCUUCUUCCCCGGGGAUCAGGAAGACGCUGUUGCCGCUAAGGGAGAAGAGAAGAAGACACUAUGAGGGGUUUAGUAUUGCAACUGUUGGCGGUUGCCACAGCAUGUGUGUCCCUCACAGAGGAACAGAGUAACAGACACAGGGUCCGCAAGCAUCGGUCUAUUCGGGGAGGCAUGUGUCGCUAUGGUCUUCGGACAGACUGCUGCUGGGGAUGGAAUCGUAGACCUUGGGGGCAGUGCCAGCCUUUCAUCCCGUUAAUGCAGAGAAUAUGUCGAGUAACGUACCCUCUGAAAGCUGUGUGCCAACAUGGAUGUAAACACGGCGAGUGUGUGGGACCAAAUAGAUGCAAGUGCUACCCGGGGUACACAGGCAAAACGUGUAGUCAAGAUUUUAAUGAAUGUGGGAUGAAACCUCGCCCGUGCAAACAUCGAUGUAUGAAUACGUAUGGCAGCUAUAAAUGCUACUGUCUGAAUGGCUACAUGCUCAUGUCUGAUGGUUCCUGUGCAAAUAUGCGGUCAUGUGCCAUGGCAAAUUGCCAGUACGGUUGCGAUGAGGUGAAAGGAGAGAUUCUGUGUCGUUGUCCAUCACCAGGGCUGCAGCUUGGACCAGACAGGAGGACCUGUGUGGAUGUUGAUGAAUGUGCCACGGGAAGUGUUGUGUGUCCAAGAUUUCGGAAAUGCAUCAAUACCUUUGGAAGUUACUACUGCAAAUGUCAUGAUGGCUUUGAACUGAGGUACUUCAAUGGCAAAUAUCGGUGUCUAGAUGUUGAUGAGUGUGCAAGGAGGACACAUAAAUGCAGUGCUUUUGCGACCUGUCAGAACACACCAGGCUUGUACAAAUGCAAGUGUAUAACUGGCUAUAGGGGAAGCGGUUUCAGCUGCACACCUGACAGGAGGAUAAUCAAUGGAAAGUUGCCAUUUUUUCCAAUUCCACCCAAAGACAAUAAAACUAUGAACAGUGUUGACCUGGAGAUUACUACCCCGACAAUCACUGUGAGGAAGACAAUCCCAGUGACCCCAGCCCGGAGAAUUAACACCCCGCCACUCAUCACCUACAAGCCAGAGGUCAAAACGCAAAGCCCCAUCACUACUGCAAGUAGAGACACCACCACAUCCUUGACCACAACCUCAACUAUAGCCUCAACCACAACCUCAACUGUACCCAUGACCACAACCUCAACUAUACCCUCAAUCACAAGCUCAAGCACAGCUGCAACUGUGGACAACAGGAUCCCGAAUGAGGUGCCUCGGCAAAGAGGAGAUGUUUUCAUCCCACGUCAGCCUGGAGGGAAUGGGGCCUUAUUUGGCCUUCUGGAUAUUGAGAAGGGGAUUACUGCGGAGGAGAAUGAUGCAAGGGAUGACCAAGACGUUUUGAUGAACAGCUGCAACUUUGACCACGGAAUGUGUGGCUGGACCCAGGAGAAAGAAUCGGGAAUUCACUGGGAGCGAGUCCCUGCCUCUUCAGGUCGCAGUUGGUAUCUGACUCUCCUCGGAUCUAACGACAAACCGAGAGAAACGGCUCAUCUUGUCCUUGCGCUGGGACAAGUACCACUUUCAGGCAACCUCUGUAUAACAUUCAGGCACAAAUUGUCUGGAGACUCUGUUGGCAAGAUCCAGGUCUUUGUGAAGAAAUAUGGCAAAUAUGGGCAUGUCCUGUGGGAGAGGAACAGAGGGCACAACUGGAGGACCAGUCGGUUCACAUUGAAAGGGCCCGGUCUUGAAAGUAUCAUUUUUAAAGGAGUGCGUGAGUGGAAGACAGGCGAAAUCAGCCUGGAUGACAUCAGCUUGCAGAACGGCCACUGCUCUGGAAAAACUCUGCGACAGUGGUAAAACGUGAAGAGGUUUUUAAAGGAUGUGAUCUUAUUCCCCCAUGACCCCCAUCUGUGAGAGGAAUGGUCUUGAGGGAGAGAUUAUCAGCAGGAUGUCUUUCUCUUUGCUAAAAUUGCACAGAGGAGCCGAAUCUAGGCCGGACAAAGCCCUGUGAGGGCACAAGAACUUCAAAUGAGCUCAGUGUUUCUAUUACAGUUUACCUUGUAUGCAUCUGCGGUCCUUAUAAGAAUGUGACUGAAAUCUCCAUUGUUUAGGAGGCACUGAAUUGAACACUAUUUCUUUACAGCUAGUUAAUCAAUAUGUUACUACAUCACCCAGGAUAACAAUGUGUGGCUUGGCUAGACCCUAGUUAUUCCUGAAAUCCGUGAAUUGUUUUUAUGUGGUUCAAUAUCUAGUAUCAGCCCAGCUGUCUGAAAAUUCCCCAAGGGUAGACCAGCCAAAUUGUACAUGUCACACAAGAGACUUCUCAAAUGGCCUGAAUUUUGUGCCUCACCACUGCCUUUGCGACAUUUGGUGUGACCAACCUUUUAGGGGAGAUGGGGUAGAAUCUCUUUACAGUCUCUCAGAAGAACAAGUGAAAUGACUUGCCCUUUUCUCUUCCUCUUUCUUAUCACCAGUGGCAAACUUCACCGGUGUCCUGUAGCUAUUGUCAAUUUUAAUGCUGCCUGUUAAAUUGGGGACUUCUGUUAAAUUAUUCCCACUUUUGUUUCAGCUGAAGCUGAAAAGGUAUCUCAACCCCCAUCUUCCCUGCCCCCUCCAUAUCAAAAUACAUUUGCAACAACAUGGAAGCACUAUUGUCACUGCUAGUGGGUGAGUUGAUCCUUUUCCUGUUUGGCAUCCCCCCUAGUCCUGAUGUUGUGUGGGCUGUUGAUUAACAGCCCCCAUAACCAUCCAAAAAUGUACUGAAGUGUAAAUGAAUUUAUAUUGUUAUAGGGCUGUUAUCUCAUUCUAUUCAACAUUAGUGUUUUUUUUUAAUCUAGUAUUUACUGAAAUUAUCUGUAUUUGUCAAGGUACUCAAUGGUACUGUAUAUAACAUUGCAGGGAAGAAUUGUCUUAUGCCGUGUAUUUCUACAAGCUUUUGCUGGCAGCUGUUGAGGUUUGUAGCAGUGCUUUAUAAGAUGGCAGUGCGAACAAAUCAGAAUGUGCAGCUUUUGUAGUCCACAGAAUCACUGCUACAAACUCAGAAGAUAAACAUUAAGCAUGCUUUCUUGUUUCUGUAAUGCAAUAAUUUUUUAAACAGAUUUUUGUCCUAUUAAGGAGAAGUAUGGUGAUAUGCCCCAAUCACAAUCGCCCUUGUUCUGUAGUCAGGGUGUAGGAGAUCAGUCCUGUACAACUAGGUGGAAUCCCUCAUUUUGACUUUAUUUGAAUUUAUGGUUAACCAAACCUUCCGUUGUUAUACAACAUCAAAACUGCAACUGUGCCCCUCUGCCAUACUCUCACUACUGUUUAUAAUAAUGGGUUGAGAAUGGGAAUAUUCAAGUAGUUUGAUCAUCCACAAAUAUGUUCCUGUUCUAGCCUUUUUUCUGUUUUAGUGAGUUAUGUUAAACAAUACUCAAGUGUUGAGUGACACUUAGAUCCGGAGGUCACUGUGAUCCUCUUGCCACGAGAAAACAUUUGUAUUAUCUAGAGUCAGUUAUUAUUUCCUGCCCUCACAUUUUAUUAGUAAAUGAUUUGUCCUGAGUAUGUGUGUGUAUGUGUGUGUGUAUAUAUAAUAUACAUAUAAAGUAUAUAUUGUAUAUAUAUGUAUGUAUUCAUUGCCCCCCCCUUAACAUGACCACUGUCAACUGAUCCAUGAAGUGUAAUCGGCCUUAGAAUAAUGACAAUCCAUGUACGUUCACCACAAGCUGUUAGCGACUAGUUACGAUAAUUAAUACAAGCAGUAAUGGUGUUUCUUUGCAAGCUGACAACCAAAUUUUUUGUUUUGUUUUAAACUUGUCCUGACUUGACAAAGCUAUUCCAGACACCAAAGGGAUUUCAGGGAAAAAAAAGGUGCUGUUUUCAUAAUAAAAUCUACUUGUGCAAAGGUGCCUGGUCUCAUUAUUGUAAGGGUAAUUCAGUAAUUACCUUCAGUAAUUUUUGAAUAGUUUGCCCAAACACCAGAACCCUUUGAGGAAUUUGGUUGCCUGCAUUAGAUGGGGAAAUAAAACAUGGAAUAUUUCUAAUACA